UGCACGGUUAUGGCACCGACUGCGUGUGUAUCGCCUGCUGAAUUAUGCAAUCUCAAGAACGACCUAAAUAGUCGUGACCAUUCUGGUCUCAUCAGCGAUCAUGGCGGGGACGAUUUGUUGCAAUCUGGGUUGACUGCCAAGGAACUGGUGAUGGCAGUGUUGAAGAAGCGGGCCGCUGAGGUGGAUACCGAUCGUUGUGGUGCAGGUGAGGAGGAUCCAUUCUAUGUGGCGGAUAUGGGAGAGGUUUACCGCCAGCACAUGCGCUGGAAGAUGAAUUUGGGUCGUGUGAAGCCCUUCUAUGCUGUCAAGUGUAACCCAGACCCUGAGGUCCUUCGUCUCAUGGCCCAGCUUGGCAAUGGUUUCGACUGCGCUUCCAAGUCGGAGAUUGAUCUGGCCCUUCAGACAGGCAUUGAUCCCAGCCGGAUCAUUUAUGCGCAACCCUGCAAGACCAAGUCCUACCUGCGCUACGCUAGGGAGGUCGGCGUCAAGCAGAUGACCUUUGACAACGCCGAUGAGCUCUACAAGAUCAAGGCGACUUUCCCGGAUGCCGAGCUGUACCUUCGCAUCCUGACUGAUGAUUCCACCAGUCUUUGUCGCCUGAGCAUGAAGUUUGGUGCUUCGUUGGACGUGGCCCAGCAGCUUCUCGAGUUGGCCCGUCAGCUCGAGCUCAAGGUUGUUGGCGUCAGCUUCCACGUUGGUUCCGGCGCUGAAGACCCCCGAGCCUUCCUUAAGGCAGUCCAGGAUGCCCGCCUUGUGUUCGACCAAGCUUCCGAGAUUGGUCAUGAGAUGCACACUCUUGAUGUCGGUGGUGGCUUCUGCCAGGACACAUUCGAGAAAUUCUCCGCCAUCCUGAGUGAUGCUCUGGAAACCUACUUUCCGCCGCAUAUCCGCAUCAUCGCCGAACCCGGCCGCUACUAUGUUGCGAAUGCCUUCACUCUGGCCGCCAACGUCAUCGCGCGGCGCGAUGUUCCAGACCCGCUGGACCCUUCACGGGAUGCGUAUAUGCUCUACCUGAACGACGGUGUGUAUGGUAAUUUUUCCAACAUCAUCUUCGACCACCAGCAUCCUGUUGCCAAGGUCCUUCUUUCUGCCGCCGACAACUCUCAGCCUGGUUCUCCGAAUUCUGCGACUUCGGAGAACUUUGCUUACUCGAUUUGGGGUCCCACCUGUGAUGGCAUUGAUGUCAUUACUGAGCGCAUCGACCUUCCUGGUUUGCUGAACACCGGUGACUGGCUGUAUUUCGAGGAGAUGGGUGCCUACACGAAGUGCAGUGCCACUCGCUUUAAUGGGUUCUCGGACAACCACGAGAUCAUCUAUAUUUCGAGCGAGCCUGGUGCUUCAGCCCUGCUCGACUACUAG